CCCAAUAUAAAGAAGAUGAAUACUUACCUUAGGUCUCAGAUCACAUGAUGAUUGUGUCCUUAUCUAGUUGAGUUAGUACACGUACGAGUUGAUGAUGUGCUUCCUGUAAUAUCUCGACUGUCAUUCUCGGUUCUUUCUAAGAAGGUGAAAAUGGAGGAAAGACCGUGGGACCCAUUCAAAACCUUCAAUGUGUCAGCGGCUGAACGUGAUUUAAUUGACAGAAGAAGAAAAACGAGGGAUAAAUUUAGAGCCGAAUAUAGAAAGAUUUUAUCAGAUCCUCGUACGACAACAGUUAUGGAUCAAAACUUCAUGAGAUGGUAUUCACUGAAAAACAAUCAAGUGCAGCUGUUUGAGUUGACAAAGCGAUCGUUUUUCCUGGGGUUGAUGUUUUCCUUUGUUCCAGUUACAGCUACUUUUAUCUACUUGAAUUAUGCCCAGAAACAGAAGGAAGAAGACAUCAUGUCGGGAAAGUUAACAUGGCGAGACAGAGUGCGAGGUAUAAACUGUCUGGGAACAACCACCUAAAUCACAGAUGUAAACUUCUAGUAAAGAAUGGAAACUGUUUUUAUAACCACCUAAUCACAGAUGUAAACUUCUAGUAAAGAAUGGAAACUGUUUUAUUUUGAAAAUAUGCGUGUUGAUACAUUGUAAUAUAAAUACAAGUUAUAAAAUAAACUAAAUGGAAAUGUGUGAA